GGCACCUGUGGCUGCCAAUCAAUGUCCAGAGUUGUUCAGGGUCGCUAGCGGCGGUAGGAAAAAUGAGUUUCUCCAGGAAAGGAAAGGAACCGGUCUCUAUGAAGCGUUCAGGAACACGAGCAGCGAUCUUGUUCCUUCUUGCUUUUCCAGGUAAAACUCACAGUGACUCGGUUCUGGGCGGAGACGCACAAGGUCACAUGACGUCAAGAAGAGUCAUCCAGUGUGGAGGCGUCGUGUUUCUGAGCCGACCUGAACGCCCCACCAGGCGAUAUAAAGCAGGAGGUUCUGCAGGAGGAAGACACACAUCAUGAUGAUCCACCUGGUUCUGGUCGGGCUGGUCCUGAGGUCCGCUGCAGCUGCGAAGCUGGGUGUGGUCCAGACUGAGGGCGGCGCUGUGGAGGGGUUGAACGUUGGGACGGGUCUCUUCCGGACGGUGGAGGAGUUUAAAGGCGUCCCCUUCGCUGACGUUCCUGGGAAGUGGGAGAAACCUAAACCUCAUCCCGGUUGGGACGGAGUUUUAAUCGCCACAAAGUUCAGGGAGCGCUGCCUGCAGGUGACGCUGUUGCAAACCAAAACCCAGGGCAGCGAGGAUUGUCUCUACCUGAACAUUUUUGUUCCACACGGACUGUCAGUGUCCACCAACCUCCCAGUGAUGGUGUACCUUUUUGGAGGAGCCUUCCUGCUGGGAGCGUCCAACGAUGUGGAAGUUUUCGGAGAGUCUCUUUAUGAUGGGAAGGAGAUGGCCGACAGGGGGGGGGUCAUUGUUGUCACGGUGAACUACAGAGUUGGUACUCUGGGUUUCCUCAGCUCUGGAGAUGAACGACUGCCAGGUAACUACGGUCUAUGGGACCAGCACGCCGCCAUCUCCUGGGUCCGCAGGAACAUCCGGGCCUUCGGAGGGAACCCGGACAACAUCACCAUCUUUGGCCAGUCAGCCGGAGCUGCCAGCGUCAACUUCCAGAUGCUGUCGCCUCACAGUAAAGGGCUGUUCCGCAGAGCCAUCUGCCAGGGCGGCGUGGCCCUCAGCCCCUGGGCCCUCCAGAAGAGCCCCAUGGCUUUCGCUAAAAAGAUUGCUCGUAAAGUCAACUGUUGGCAAACCCAGGAAGACGACAUGCUGGCCUGCCUGAAGACGGCCGACCCCGUCAAACUCACCAUGGCAGGAAAAAUUAACCUGCUGGAUAUUUUCGGGAAAGGUCCCGUCAUGGACCUGCUCCAGCUCGCGCCGGUGGUUGACGGUGAUUUCAUCCCAGAUGAUCCAGGCAAGCUGUUUCACAAUGCGGCUCAGUUUGACUACCUGGCAGGUGUGAACAGCAUGGAUGGACACAUAUUUGCUGGAAUCGAUGUUCCUUCAAUCAACAACAUGAAGGAAGCCACCACUGUAGACCAGGUCAAAGGUCUUCUGACUGGCCUGACUAAAGAGAAGGGGGAUGCCGGCGUCUCCUCGGCCUUCGAUGUCUACUCCGCCCACUGGGGUUUGGCUCCAGAUCCGGCCAUAGUAAAGAAGACAGUGGCCGACAUCGAGACAGACUUCCUGUUCCUGGUACCGACCCAGAUUGCCCUCCAGCUCCACGCCAACAACACCAGCGGGGCCGGUACCUACUCCUACCUGUUCAACAUGAAGACGCGGAUCCCGGGGUUCCCGCGCUGGGUGGAGGCGGAGCACGCAGAGGACCUGCAGUAUCUGUUCGGGAAACCGUUCUCCCUCCCGCUGGUCUACUUCCCCCGACACAGAGACCUGUCCGGCUACAUGAUCGCCUACUGGACCAACUUCGCCAAGACCGGAGAUCCCAGCAGAGGCAACAGUAAAGUCCCGGUUCUGUGGCCCGCCUUCACCAAGUACCGCCAGCCGUACCUGGUGAUAAACAACUCCAUGAGCAAGUCCUCCGUCAGCUACGACCUGAGAUCGUUUUACGUGAAGUUCUGGACUCAGACCUACAACCAGCUGCCGUCUGCAGGGACGAUGGAGGAGAAGAAACGUUGAUCCCUUCACCUUUAUCCAGACAGAUAAAUGAGAUAAUAAAUGAAUUUGAAACCUU